GCAACAGUAUUUUGAAUAUGAGGAAAGUAUACAGAGAGUUUUAAGUAUAUUAUUUUAAAUAUGUGUGUAUUAACGCUGCGUUCUUUCUUUUAGCUAUUUUUGGAAUAUAUCAUACUAAGCGAGGUAUUUGAAAAGUUGAUUCAUGGCAAACUUCAAUUCAAGGAAUGUCUUAAUUUGUGUUGCGCCAGCUGUCAUUUUGUUCCUUUCGGUGUAUUGGUUGAGAAAAAAGAAAAAAAUUAAAAAUGAUGAAGCUGCCACCAUCGAAACGAAAUGCGAUGGCAAGUAUAACAAUGUGCUGGAUUCUCCAGACACUAGCAUAGACUCCUGUGUUGAAUGUAAUUACAAAUUUGCUGAUAUAAUUUCGGAUAGUAGUGAGGCAUCUAAAGAAAGUUCUAAAUCUGCAAGAACUCAAAAUGACCCUUUAGUAACUGUGCCUAAAACUGUGGUAGAUAGUUUUCAUAUUAAAAAUAUACCUUCAUCAAGUUUUACUGAAAUUACAGGUAAUCAAAUUGAUAAUUUUGAAAUAGUGAGAAGCAAUUUAUCUGAUAUUAAAAAUUCACAAAGAGAAGUACUUCCUAAUAUUUCUAACUUAAAAAAUUCUGAAACUAAUGCUUCUGACACACAAGAAAAUUUUGAAAUUAAUCCACAAAUAGAGAAUGAUGUUGAAUUGAAUAAUAGUUGUAAUAUUUUACUUUCAAAAAUAUCAAAUCGGCAAAAUUCGUAUAUAGUGCAGAAAUCUCCUGUACAAAAUGAUUCGAUAUUUGAAUUGAAAGAAGAAAAGUGCAAGUUAGAGAAUGGCACGUUGAAUCUUAGUUCUGAUGAACUAACUUGCGCGGCAGAAUUUGAAGAAAAAACUAAUCGAAAUUGCAAACAGUAUGAAAAGCUGUGUCUUGAUGAUGCAGAAAGUGCUGAAACUACUUCCGCCAUACCUACUGGUUUGGCUGUUAUGUCUGAUGCAUUGGUUUCAGUAAAAUCCGAAAGCAAAGAGAUUGAUACUCAGAUUGAUAAAAAUGUUCUUGCAUCUCAUGCAUUGGAAGAAUAUCAGUUAAAUGAAAAUGAUAGUUAUGGUAGUCAGUCUAGUGUUCUGGAUGAAAGUAGUUCUUUUAGUUGUACUAGUGAGGAGUGCGAUAGUAAACAAGUAAUUGAAUCAAAAACUAAAAGUAGUUCGUCUGGUAUCAUGGACGAAAGUAGCAGCUUUUGUGACGAAUUGGAAAAGACUUUUGUUGAGAGCCCAAACCAGAACAUUAUGAAAUCUGAAAGUUUAAAUGGCAACAGAGACAGUGUAGAAAUUAGCCAAGAAAAUACUGAGGCUGCUAUAGAUAAUUCAAUUCUAGGUCAUGUAAGUAUUCAAGAGUGUAUAAAACAGAGCAGAGAUCCGGGUAGUUUUGGAGAUGCUGAAACCGAAAGGUUGUCUUGCGAGAGUUUGCAAGAACAACUUUCGAGUUCCUUUUCAUCUCUCACUGCCACAUCAGAUUGUAAUAUAUCUAGUACUUUAGAAUUGAGUUCAGAACAAAGUCUGUAUGUCAGUUUUGUGGAACCCACGGAUCCUGUCUCUUCGGAUAUCGAGUCUCUGUCCGAUGUAAAGUUACCCGAGGAUCAACAACUAGAAGAGUCAGAGUCUGUGCUUCUUAAUCAUAACGUACUUCCUGUAUGUGAUAAUCUUAAAAAAGAAUCUAAUUGUAACUUAUCUGUGCAAGAAAGUGUGCUGUUUGAAACUGCUUCGACUGCAUCGGCUUUUCCAGAAAAUGUCGGGCACGAUAGCUCGAAUUGCCAGCUUUCAGUGGUUGAACCUGUAGAUUCUAUUAGUCCUCUUGUUUGUACUUCUGCAGCUACAAUAUCUUGUACAAAUGAUAAUGAAACUGCUGAAAUGAACAAUAGUUCACAGUGUGUGGUUGCUAGCAAUAUUGAGACAGUCGCGCAAGUCAGUCGGACUUCUUUAGAUAAUGCUAAUUGGAAAAUGCAAGAUAAUCAACUUCAGUUACUAAAUCAAAGCAAAAUUGGAGGUACGGAUGUUUCAGACUCGAAAGCUCCGGAAAGCUCCUGUGGAAGUUCUGUGUAUGAAUUUGAAUUACCUCAAGAACUUUGUGGGCGUUUGAUAGGAAAACAUGGGAAACAUGUCAAAAGUAUUAAAGAAAGGUCAAAUGCUAAUGUGUAUAUAAAAAGACAUCCAUAUGAUCCUCAGUUAAAAAUUGUUGCUGUCCAAGGUAGUCAAUCUGAUGUUAAUAAUGCUUUAGAAAUCAUUCGUAGAAAGUUCCCACCAUCUCAGUUUCCUACAGUAACCUUAGUACAGACAAACUUGGUUAAUUCUCACGGCUUGCCUCUUCCAGAAUCAUUACAGUGGUCCCGUUUAUAUUUCUCUUACUUGUUGCCAUCUCCGUGCUCUUAUAUUUUCAAUAGCUGUGUUGUAAAUUUUGCAGAAUUAUUGUCCAUCUGUGUCUCACAGCUUCAUCUUCCAGAUGGUGCCUCAUGUGAUGUCAUUUUAUCCAGCCUCAUUUCUGCUGGUCAUUUUUUUCUACAACAACCCACUCAUCCAACUUAUCCUUCCCUAAGCACUUUGGAUCAGUGCAUGAUGAACUGUUAUUCUCAAUUAGAUACUCCACUACUGCCUCAUCCAGUUGAAGCUGGUGUUAUCUGUGCUGCUCCAGUUUUGAGGGGAUGGUACAGAGCGCAAGUGAUAUUUGUUUUUGACAGUGGAACCGAAUGCGAAAUAAAAUUUGUUGAUUACGGCGGUUUCUCUCAAGUUCCAACGAACACACUUCGGCAAAUUCGAAGUGAUUUCAUGACUCUUCCUUUCCAAGCGUCGGAAUGUUACCUAGCCAAUGUCAGCCCAGUUGACAGUUCCGAGGGUUGGUCGGCCGAAGCAACGGCAACAUUCGAAGAACUUGCGCAAGGACAAAUCUUGCAAGCAGUUCUUGUUGAAUAUGCAGAAGAUGGAAUACCAUGUGUUCACUUAUAUCGAGUGCAGGGAAUUUCUAAUAUGUUUAUUAACAGAGAGCUGGUGGAGAGAGGCUUCGCUGUUUGGGUCGACAGCAGCCAUUGGGAUCCUCACUGACAGUUUGCUGCUCUGCAUCAAUAUAGUUGUCCUUGCUUAGGCAUCUGAGGGUUGACAGUGGAGAAUAUGUAGUUUUAUAAUGCUUUAAUCUGAGUGCUAGAAGUGGAAAAAGUGGGAACUCAUUACUAUUGGUUAGAUUAGUUGAACUGGGAAUAUGUGGCAUAAAAUUAUGUUGAGUUCUGUAUAUCCCUUUAGUUUUUUCUUAAAUUUCGAUAAAUUUUGAAUAUUUAUAUGUAAAUGUUUUUCUGUAUGACCUAUGGACAAUGUUAGUUAAUGUUAUUAAUUUAUUUCAUGUGUUACAAAUGGAUAAAUUUAUGUUGAUCUGUAAGCAAAAUCUGAGUGUAUUAUAAUUAAACUUGUUUCUAAAAUAAUUCCCCAGCCACAUGAUUCUUGAAAAAGCAUGCAUGUUUGCUUGUUUAAGAAAAAACAGUAUAUGUAUUUGCAUCUUCAUUUUUAUUGUUUGACAUUUUCCCAAGUACCUUUUAUGAUCUUUUGUAGGCUUUGAGACGAGGGUUCCGAAUAUGUGGAGAAAAAUUUUAAGAGCGAUGAUUUUAGAAACAUGAAGAAAAUAACCAUCAAGAAAACAAACAGUCCUUUUUGGUUCAAAUGACUUUGCAACAGGUUUUAGAGUUUGUUUGGAUUUUUGAUACUGGCCAAAUUUGAGCAGCUUGGCCUGUUUUUAUUUUCUUAGUUCAUGUUUUACUCCAUUUGUUUUAUUAAGAUAAUUUGUGUCUUUGUGUAAUGAAAAAAAAUGUAUGGUAUUUUUUGUAGUGUGUUGGAGGUAGAAUAUUUGUAGCUACGAUUGUAACAGAGUUAUUAGCAUUUACUUUCAUUUUUAUUUAUUUCAAAGAUCGAGUGCAGCUAACAGUAAAGUAAAUUCUUUAAGUAUGAGAUUAAUGCUUUAGAAAGGGUGCAGAUGUAAUUGUUAAUAUUUGGUAGUGACUGUCUUGUUUUCCCUUGUGAUUCGUUUGUUUUCUUCUAAAUUGUGUUUGUGUAGUGCCAAAAAGAAGAAGAAAAGUGGAAAAAAAAACCAUUGUAUAAGUGUUUUAAAAAAUUUUAAAACCAUUUUUUCCCAAAAAAGGCUUUAUCUUUUAUAAUAUAGAUUCCCCCUCUGAGUAUUGCAGGCUGUUUGAUUUUAGAAAUGUUUCAGACCUACUUUCUUCAUAUUGUGAAUUCUCAACAAAUUUUAGAAAUGUAAAAUUAACCUUAUACUUCAGUAUAAUAGACUAGUGUAUAAUUGUUUGAAGUGGUGUGUUCCGUACUAAGUAUUUUACCUUUAUAAUAAUAUACAAUGUCUAAAAUAUUUUUCUAUAUUUAAUUCUAACUUUUUACUAAAUUUCAAAAAAAGUGUUACCAGCAUCAUGUCAUCUAGCUUCAGGAUUUUGUUAUUCAAAUAAACCACAUAUAAAAUGGUAAUUUUUUCCUUCACUGCAGAACAAUAUUGAAAAGAAAUUUGUUUUUACUGGUGAUAUAUUUUCACUUUCUUCUAUUAUACCUUCUUGAUUUCUAUGCACUUCUUUUUGCAAAAAUUGUUCUUCCACCCACCCCAGUAAAUCUAUGUAUUUCAUAGCGUGAAAAAUAAUCUGUAUUUAAAAAAUAAAGUAAUUCAGUUAAAUUUAUGCUUUCUGCUGUAUCAGCAUUAUCCAAUAGAAAUAUGCUAGCCACAUAAAUUGUACAUAUAUAAGGAAAUAAAAGAAAUAUUUUAAUAGUUUAUUUUACUUUUAGAUUGAAAAUUUAAGUAUUAACACAAUCAGUCACUAUGAAGAAAUUUGAACAAUAAUUGCAGGUACUGGGGUGGAGUUGUUUCAAAAUUAUCACAGUUAAAGAAAAUAUUAUUAUUAUUUUUUUUUUUCCUUAAAUCGUAAUGUUAAAUGUAUGCUUUGAUAUCUAAAUUUUUGUUGGUCUUGUUAAAUAUGUACAGUAAACUGAAUAACUCAAAUGUGAAAUCAAUAGAUGACUCAAAAUUGCAGCUUAACGGUUAAAAAAUUGUAAUAAUACUAUUAAAAAGGAAGCAGAUUAAUCUGGCUAAUAAAUUUAUGUAGUUAUGCAAAUUGAAUCCCUGUUCAAAAUAAAGAAUACACAGUAGUUACACAUUAGUACACCCGCCUUGAAAGAAGUUGCUAAAUUUUGGGAACCAUUCAUGGAACAGCUUUAACUAGCAACAUUAUUUGUGUUUGCUUAAUUAAAACGUAAAAUCUCUAUGUAUAUAAUAUUUUUUUUUUUUUUCAGUUAUAAGUUAGCAUUCUUUUUCUACCGCAGAAAAUUGCUAAAAAUGCAUCAAGGGUGUUGCACCAGUAAAUAAGUACCAAAUGCACUUUGAAACAAAGAAAACUAAAUACAGUCAAAAGUCGUUAAUCGGGACUUCGGCGAUUCCGGAUUAUUGAUUUUUCCGGAUUAUAGAUCAUCAGUUUAAAUCUCGUAAGAUGGCAUGCAGAAAUUCUAAAAUUAAAAAUAUGAA